AGCCGCUGGCCGCUGAAGUGGCAGGCUCAAACCAUGAUGUUGUAAUUAAAGGAGACCAUGUUGGGAUGUACCCCGGGCAAUGGUAUGCUUAUGGUUGGCAUGGGGCCUUUUGCUGACGUGUUGUGCAGUGUGUCAAAAACCGUCCACGAUGGCUACUAGCAGCAGCAACAUGAGGACCUGUGGUGACAGCUCUGCGCUGCUUCAAACCACAGCCCAUGAAAUGCUUGCAGAAGAUUCCUUUCGAAAUACCUGCAGAACGUCUGACAUCAACAGCGGCAAGUGCGUUGGCAACGAAACGUGCUUCAAUUGCAACUCCAAUCACAACGAGAAAGCAUUUCCCACCAAUGCACCUCGGUUCCCAGCCGGGCGUUUGCUUUGCAGGGGCGAAAGUGGAACCACUUGCCAAAUGGUGGAGAGUGAUACCAUUGUUUUCAAGGAUUCUGGAGACUACUUAGCAUGCGAAGGACUGGGGAUCUGCAGAAACGCUUGGAAUGUACAGAAUGCAGGUGCAGCUUGCUGCGUGGGCGUCAGAGAUCCCACAGAAGGUCAGACGUGCGUCGGCACAACCAUCAGCUUAGCUGUGGAUGGGCCGUGCGAGCAUGACAUGUGCUGUGACGGCAACCAGGUUUGCACCCAGUCAACAUUUACUGGUCUUGGCAGCCUCAGCUGCAGAGGACACGAAACUUGCACCAACAUCACUGCUGAGCUGCAACGGGAUUUAUACUGCAAUGUUACUUCCAUUGUUGCAUCUCAACAGUCGCGGUCCUCGAACACGUGCGGUGCAUUUGGAAGAAUCACUACUUCAUUCAUUUUUGUCACAGGAGGUCCUCAUGUCAUAGAUUGCCUUGGAAAUGAAGUAUGUCGAGGGUCAACCUUCGAUUUUGCCUCCAAUUCCUCGAUCUCCUUCGAAUGCGACUCGAAGGCUCCAGGCACUCCUUCAUUUGGCGCCAACGCUUGCAGGGGCUCAAAGACCAAGGUCACAUUGAAGGGAGACACUUGCUUGGACUUGAUCUGUGGUGGAAGCAAUGUCGACAGCCAGGAUUGCAGAUCAAUGACCAUCAGUUUAACUUCCAGCGAUCGGUGCUUCUAUCAGGGACCGCCUGACAAUAGACCCGCACAGUGCAACGAAACCAAUUCCAGCCAGUGUGGCGCUAUUCCUCGUGAUGAUAUUUGCUGUGCCGAGGGAAGUGAAUCGGACAGUUGUGGUGAGUGCUGCCCCCAAGUUACAACCACCAGCACUCAGCCAGAUAUAACAACCACAACCACAAGAAAAGUCACAACAACCACCAAAACGACAACACGAAAGCCAUACAACUACUUCCGUCGAACUCGUCGAACUCGUAGGGAGCAUCGGCGUGAACAUCGACGGCAUCGACGCUGGGAUCGAAGGCAUGGACGGCAAUACCGCUACUAUAGUGGCCAAUACCGCUACGACAGCCAGCCAAAUGGCCAAGGCCGCUAUGACAACGAGCCAAGGAGCCGCUUUAGGAGCGGCAGGCAAGGAAUCGUGCGAAGAUCACUGCAACAAUGGCCAUGAGUUGCAAAUGUCAACAACAGAACUUUGUUGCAUGUAAGCGUGACGCAAAUGAACCGUCGCCUUAAUGAGUACUGGUUUAGUUAAAUCCAAGUGUGCUAGAAAUCUUGGAAACUACAAAAAAGGUACCCGCUUUCAAUGUGUGUGUGAUUUUGGCGCACGCAUAUGUUGUGUUUCUUUCAAUUUCUUUUGCGGACAAGCUCGGAAAGACAUCCUGGCUGGCAAAAUUUUGGCACACAAGUGCGAAGCAGGCAAGAAGACCUGUCCUACAUGUGCAGCUGUUCAAAAAAAGGUGGAUUCAAC